GGGAAUUCAUGGAUUCCGCCAAGGAUUAUUGCGCCGGAGCCUUCGGUGAUGUGUUCUCUGCGGCGCUGGCGAAGAUCCCACCCCGGCAGCGUCUGGCGAGCGGGGUCCGGAUUCUGGAGAGCUCCCCUCUGUCCCACAAGUUCCUCUAUGAGGUCGGCGACAGCACCUUCGCCGCCGGCUACAACGAGGGGGUUAAGGCCACUCUCCCCAUCUUCUCGAGGUUGCAAGGGGCUGAUUUUGAGCUGGCUGCGAACACAGAUGAUGAUCUGCUGCUUCAAGCCCUGGGGAAGCUGGGGAGGGACCAACGGCGGGCGGAAGCAAAGGCCAGAGGGGAGAUUCCGGAACCCCCGACCCCUGAGCCCGAGGCCGAGGAGGAAGAGCAGACUCCGGGAGGCAGCCGGCCUGGGUCCCCUUUCUUUGUAUAAUGUAAAUUGCAUUUUCC